AACCAUGCAGCCCUGGAUCAAGUGCAGUAGUGGCACCGUAUAUGACACCCAGAGAGUCCUAUGAGCUGGGCAUGCGCUCUCAGCCAGCAUGGGAGGAGAAACUGGAAGUGUUCGUAAGGGAGGAUGGUGAACGAGGGGUUAGAGCACUCACCGCGUUCCGAGAUGGAGAGUUCCUCUGUGAGUUCGAGGCAAAUCUUUUGUCGAAGGCCCAGUGUGAGAAGGCAGAGAAAGAAUACGAGGCAGAUGGGAAACCUGUCUACAUCCUUGAAGUGUGUUGUUUCAGCUGAACUCAAUGAUUGAUUUAUCUUUACCCUUAUAACA